UAGUAGGCCCAUUCGCUGGGAGAUCGAGAACGAUUUUAGUGGACAUUUGGUGGCUGUGUUUUAUGGUCGACAAAAGUGGGGGAAAAAAGAGUUUGCCAAGUUAGUGGUCAAAGCGAUACGUUUAGUUCUCGCUGGUCGUUAUAAUCACACCAAAUGGGGGUGCUAUCAGUUGUCAUAUAGAUUUCAUGGACGCCCUAAUGCUAACACAUGUGCAAAGCUAUAUCUAAACCACGUCUGUGUGCCGCGUAUGACUAUGCCGAAGGAAAUUCUUAAUCAUUUUCGGCUGAGUUUAGUGUGCAUAGGGCGGUACUCGCAGUGCCAGAAUAUUUACUGAUCACAAGUUUCAAUAUAUAGUUGUUUUCCACAUUUUUUUCUCCUAUUUUCUAAAUCUAUAUCAUGUCUUUAACAAAGACAUCGUCAAGAAAGGAUCUAACGGAUCAAAAUUUAAUACCCAUCCAGCCAAAAUCGACGACCAUAGUCAAGUAUGAGAAGUCCUCGUGCCUCUUCUGCAACGAAUGGUUCGAUGCCCAAACAUUCACGGAACACCUGAUCCACUGCGGCCAGGUUUUGGAGGAGUGUCCCAACGGCUGUCAGGCCUUCAUACCGCGCAUCCGUAUGCGUUCUCAUCUGAAGGAGUGUCCCCGGACGAAUCAACAGAAUCUAAGUAACCAACAGCGUUUGAGUGUCAGCAUGGAUCGUUUGGAUCGUCAAUCGGAUCAGCGUCUUCUGGUCAUCGAACAGGAUGUGGGCACCAUUCGUUCUGUUCUUAACGAGGAGAUUCGUCAGCGUCUGCACUUGAUCACCGAUGUGGGUAAUAUCCGGAAACAGAAUCAAGUUGUCGAGGAUUGGACCCGUGACACUGAAAGGGCAAUAGAUGAUCUGCGUCGUCAGAUGGAAGAGGAGACUGCCCGGAAAGCCUUUGCCAUCGAACAGAACCAGCUUGAUGUCCAAUACUGCUGUGAUGUCACCCAGUCCUUGAAGGAGCAAGUCGAGACCAGGCUGGAUGAGGCUCAAAAGUUGGUUAACCAGCUCUCGGCGGACGUGACCCUUCAUCAGAACCAGCUUAAUGACAAUAUUCUAAAACUGGAGGAAUUGAUCUUUGAAAACGAAAGACUAAACAGAGAAAAGUUCUUUCAGAUUGAGGAAUUUCUGCAGCAGAUCAAUGAGGACAUCAAAACUAGGCUAGGAAAUAGUGAUUAUGUUACGUCCAAGCAGGCAACAUUGGAUUACGAGGUGAAAAAUGUUAAGAAUAUUGUUUGCGAAACAGAAGAACGCUGCGAUAAACUGGAUAGAGCCCUUCAUCAGACCAUGCAGAAUCUAUCGGACUUGGAGACACAAAUGGCCAUGCAGCAGCGCAUUGCUAGUGUUCAGAAUAUAAGGGGCCACCUGAUCUGGCGCAUCAAGGACUAUUCCAAGAAACUAGACGAGUCCAAGCAGUACGACACCAUUCUGCACAGUGCCAUGUUCUCCAAUAAAGCCUUUAGCUAUGCUCUACGGCUGGAUAUAUACCUAAAUGGCAAGGGCACCUGGAAGGGUAGGAAUAUGAUUGCCUGCCUCAAUGUCCUAUCCGGGGAGUACGAUCCACUAUUGGCCUGGCCAUGUCGUCUGCAGGCCGAGAUCAUUAUCCGUGAUCAGAGCUCGAAUGCUGCUGAUGCCGAGGAUUAUGUGAAAACCAUCUUUGUACGCAAGAAGAGUGAUGAUUUUAUCCAAAGCAAUCAGUAUUUCCAUAUACCCCACAAGGUGAUUACCAGUCGUAAUUAUCUUCGCAAUGAUUCCAUGUUUAUCGAGGUUCGAGUUCUUAAAUAAUAAUUGGGCUUGAAAUACAUUUACCUUGCAAAAGAAAACAAUGACAAGACAAUGAAAAAUCCCAUUGAUAUAUAAUACGUACAUACAUAUAUAUUAUAAUAAUAAUAAUUUAUUCCAUUGAGAGCAAACUAGAAUUUUUAGAAAAACAUCCGCUUAAAAACACGAAUAGUAUGUGUAUAGGUGUAUAAGUGAAUACAAAUCGAUUUAAAGUUUCAAUAUGCAUAUAUAUUUUUAGUGUAUGUUUUUAAAAGUUUUUUCCUUGCAGUUUGCAGUUUCUUUUUAUUAUGUUUUAAAUGCUUUUGAAAUAGGCAAUAGAGUUACAUUUGAGGCACUGUCGAGACGAAGUCGGUAGGUAGAAAGCGUAGUUUUUUAUUGCAACAUUUAUGUGGUCAUUCGAUAAAAAAUAUUAGCAAAUUGUUUGGUUUUUUACAAACAUCUUUAACGACAGGAACUUCAUUAAUAUUUUGUCUUUCCGAGCGCAUUUUACAAUACAAGAGGUCUUUUAAUAAUAAUAAAAAAAAAAAGAACCAACAUACAAAUACAACACUUACUGACCGUG